ACAUCUGCAAUCGAUUGAAGAGGUACGAUCAGUUGAAAAAGUGUUUUUGUUAUUAAUUAGAUUAAUUGAUCGAUUAAAAAUGUUGUGGGGGGGGAGUCCACCCUUGGAUUUAUCCUGUGAAAUCGAGAAAAAACAUGAAGAACCCCUGGAGAUUUUGAUUAUCGGGGCUUGUGAUGCCAGACAUAUCAUCAAAACCCUUUCCUCACUCGGUAAAUCAUCAAGACGAGUGACUUUUCAUGUCCUGGAGGCGACCCUCGAGGACAUCGCCAGGUCCAUUCUCCUGAUUAAUAUUUCAUUAGAAAAAAUAUUAGGGUUCCAGGAAGCCAGCAGAUACUUCCUAGAGGUCAUGGGGAAUACCCUCGUCACCCCAGGGACUGCAAAAUAUCUAAUUAAAACUGUAAAACGAUUAAUUGACGUAAUUACGCAGACGUACCCCUGUCCCUGGCUCAAUCUCCAGGGGAUGAAAUACAAAGACAGAGACGGUAUCGAAGGGAUCUUCAAGUUCUGGGUGAGAGCUCUUUGCGAAGGAGUUCCCAUCGUCGAUUACUGGAACAAGAGAGUCAGGAGUUCUCUGAAGACCCGUUACGACUAUCGAGAUGGAGUAUUCGACUGGGAUUACCAUAUGGUCUUGAAGUCAAGUGGUCUCAAGUACCUGACGAAUCAGGAGUACAAGUUCUGGAGGAACAACGGCGUUGCCUUUACGUGGAUAGAGACUGAUCCUUCUCGAAGCAAUCCAACACUUUUGAGUGGAAUUCAUGCUGUGGGACAGGGAUUCAUACAUUUUGCUUACAAAGGAGAUAUCAAUAAUGGGCCCUUUUUCACUUGGGCCAUCGAUGAUCUCAACAGAAAUCCAAAGUUAAGAGCCACUGACGCAGCCGAGGGUCAAGUUCUCAAAGCGAUUUAUCAGAUAAGAACCAAGGAAGAGUGCCCGAACGAUUUUAUCGCUGCCCAUAGGGACCAAUCUCUCAUCUACGCGACUCUAGUCAGUCAAAUGCCGGAUUCAGGGAGUGAAUUUGAGCCCUGGGAGUACAAAGAUUACUCCAAGCGAAUUCAGGAGGACUGCCCCUGGGUCAACAUCCCCGAUCACAUCGUGAAAUUCUACCCUGCGUGGUACAUAGAAAAAUACAAAAGUAAACCCGACUUCAACGAGAAAUUCGAUGUUGCAUUCGUAGCAAACAACAUGACAAAUCAAAUUCCAAAUAUAAUUCCCUGGGUUAAAGUGAAAGGAGCUGUUCUGGUUGAGACCCGAAAAUUCAUGACAGAACUGUCCAAAGAAGAUCACCAGAAGUUCUCCAACGACCUGGAGGAAUUGACUAAAGCAUCGGGGCUAAAAAGCCUCGAGUCCGUCGACGAACCCCUGGAGAACAUCCAACGAUACACGAAAGAGUGAAAUAAAAACGUAAUAAAAUGAGAAAUAAUUUUAAUUCUUCAAACGACAAAUGAUGUAAUCGUAAUAAGCAAGAUACUAUAUUAAAAACGUGAGCCUCGAUGUUUAGAGUAUUUACAAAUAUAAGUGGUAUUUAUUUAAUAGCGAA